UGGUGCAACGUCCAGAAUGACAGAGUUGAGUUCCUCUCAGAAGAGUGGAGGAAACCUGCUUCAGAUGUUAUAUGAUAAACCAAGCCGCUGGUCCUACACCUUCCAGAGUUAUGUGUGUCUCAGCAGAGUUCGAUCUCAGCUUCAGUCUCCGCCAGUCAAACUUCAGCAGGUUGAAAACCCCGUCCAGUUCUAUGAACGCUCUGUCUACUCAAGCAGGUACGUGUUUGCGUCCAACCUGUUUGAGUGUGGUAACCUGACGGAGACAGAGUGGAGCGUUUAUCAGGACUAUCACACCUGGUUACUGAACCAGUUUGAACCCGACAUCGCCCUUGACGCCAUCAUCUACCUGAGAGCUCAGCCACAGCGCUGUAUGCAGCGUCUGCUCCAUCGAGGCAGAGAGGAGGAACAGGGGAUUCCUCUGGAGUAUCUCGAACAACUUCACUCUAAACAUGAAGCCUGGCUGCUGAACAGGAACCUCAGGUUGGACUUUCAGUACCUGAAUGAACUUCCUGUUCUCGUUCUGGAUGUCAAGGACGACUUCAAGAACGAUCGCAUCAAACGGGAAGCCAUGAUGGACAAGGUCCGAGAGUUCCUCACGUCGCUGUAGACCUUCACCCGGUUUCACUCUGUCAACGUUCCUCUGACUGAAUAUUUAACUUUGUCUGGAUGAGUUAUGGUUCCGUUCGUAACGCAGAACUCCAAGUUUAGCUGCAGAGCUGUACUCUUUUUACUGUGUGUGUGUGUGUGUGUGUGUGUGUGUGUGUGUGUGUGUGUGUGUGUGUGUGUGUGUGUGUGUGUGUGUGUGCUUCAUGUAUUUACUUGAAGUACUUUGACAUUUAUACUUCAGUCUCUACUCUGAGGUAAAACCUGUAAAAAUACUUGUUUGUCUGAACAGUGAGGUCUCAGUGAACACGAUGCGUUCAGGAACUCACGGCGCUUUUCUAUGCUGGAAUAAAGAA